GUCAUUGCUUGGAAACUUGACAGACCGACAAUGACAGAUGACAGUUUAGGAGUGUCAUCGUCAUCAGUCAUCAGUGUCAUUUAAUGUAGAUUUUUAAUAUUUUUAACAUAAUUUUUAACAAUAAAAUAUCUGAGAGGCUGAAAAAUGUUGUGAGUGAUAAUUUUAUUUAAUAACUGUAGUUUUAUUUUAGUGCUUAUAAAUGCCUAAUUAUCAACAAACAUAUUAUUGAAACAUGGAAAUAUUUCCUUACAAAAGUGCAAUUCCUGAGAGAACGUUCCAAAGAAAAUAUAUUUAUUCAAAUUUUUAAGAAUCCCUUACAAAAGUAAACUACUGUACUUAAUUUGCUAAGGCAAUGCAAAUAAAGUUACAGCAAAAGCCUGAAAGGUUAGGUUUGGGGCCCUCCAAUGGGAAAUUGCUUGAAUUGCUGCAAGGAGCCAGAACAGUUGGCCCCAAAUUCUUCAGUUCAAAGUUGUAACAAAGAAGAAAUGCCUGAAGCGAGAUUGUAUCCUGCUCCAAGCCAUGUGCCUGCAUCAUCAGCACCACUAGAUACUAUUUUAAGUAAUGGUAAUCAUCUCACAUUACCUGUUGAAACUGCAUCUGUUAAUCCACUAACUCGAUUUUACCCUCCAAACAGAAGAUCAACAACAAAAUCAGCUCCCACAAUGGGUAUAACAGAAAGCAAACCUUCAGACCUUAAAUUGAACUCUCUUUUUGACCACUACAGAGAUGAUCAAGAGGACUCUAUUUUAGCAGAGGGGAUUGAUCAGUUUUGCAAAGAUUUAAAUAUACCACCUGAUGACUUUAAAAUUCUUAUUCUUGCUUGGAAAUUAAAUGCGGAACAAAUGUGUAGGUUUACAAGAAAUGAAUUUGUCACAGGCUUGAGAAACAUUAAAUGUGAUUCAAUUAAAUCUAUACAAAAUAAACUUCCAGAAUUAGUUAUUGAUGUUGAACAAAAUGAUGAACUUUUCAAGGAUUUAUACCGUUUUGCGUUUAAGUUUGGAUUGGAUAUUCAAUCUGGACAACGUAUCCUACCUACAAACAUGGCUGUUAUCUUGUGGAGACUGGUAUUUACAGUGCGACAACCACCCAUUUUAUCUCGUUGGUUAAAUUUCUUGGACACUCAUCCAAUGAUACGGGGUAUUCCCAAAGAUACCUGGAACAUGUUUCUGAAUUUUUCAGAUCAUGUUGGAGAUGAUCUCAGUUGUUAUGAUGAUAAUGAGGCGUGGCCCAGCUUAUUUGAUGAUUUUGUUGAGUUUGAAAAUGAUCAAGCCAAUCAGAACAUUUCUAAAGAAAAAGAUAAAGAUUGUGACUCAUUUUUAAUUAAGGAUUGAUAGUCCAGAAUGUUCUGUUUUGUAAUUAUGUCAGUGUUUAUAGAAAGAUGUGUGUAUUGGACAUGCAUAAAUAAAUAUAUUGAAAUAUGAUCACAUAGUAAUUUCUGUUUAUUAGAACAUCUUCGUUCCAAUACCACCUCUUUCUUCUGAAAGCCACAUUGCAACUAUUGCCUAAAGUAUUGUAAAAAAUUUGUGAUCUAUUUUUGGUGUUUAUACUGUGGUUGUACAAAAUAUAUGUAUCUAGUAUGGAUGACUAAAGCUGAAUGCAAUGAAUUAAUGAAACUAAUGAGUAAUCAUUAAUAUUUUUUCAUUUCUGUUUUUAAAUAUUUUUUUCCAAUUAACUUAUCAACUUAUCAUGUUUUAAAUUAAUAAUUUUAAACUUGUGCUCUAACUUAUCUCAAGAUUUUCUGAUGUGCAGCAUAAAUGAACAAAUAUGAAUCUGUGUCUAUUCUAAUAUUUACUAAAGUACUAACUGUUUCUAUAGUUUAAACAUGUAUGACGUUUUAAGAAAAUAAUUUUGUAUAUUUUUCAGAUUUAUGUGAUUUAAUUUUUAUUAUAAGACUUAUUUAUAUAGUUUAUUGUAUAAAUUUGGAGCAUUUUUAAUAUCAAUAAAAUGUAGGUUAUAAAUGCAAA